AUGCCUAUCGAUACGUCCAACCAAGACAAAGGCGUUACUGGCGCUGCCAAAUUCGUUACAUCCACACUUGGCAACACGGUCGGCGGAGUCACUCGCACACUCGGUGGAAUAACUGGAGCCGCUGGAAGAGGUGUUGGCGGCACUAUCACAAGCGCAACGGGAAGUGCGGGCGAGCCAGUUGGCAACGUAUUAGAAAGUGUAGGCUCCGGGCUCGAGGAUGGAGCAAAGCAGGUGGCGAAGGGAGUUGAAGAUGCGGGGAAAUGGAAAUAA